CGAUAGGUCCAUACGAGGCGGGCUAUCUUUCGAAAAAUCAACAUUGCUGGUGAACCCCGAUAUUCCCGUCUUCGCCAAACUUCAUCGAUACCCAAUUCUUAAUCCACCGUUCAACCCUGGAAAUAUAAGCAACUCAUAUCCGGACAUGUCUGCCGACGACCAGCAGUUUUUGGACUUGCUCUCGUCCAUCCCCAACCAGAUCCGACGAUACUCCGGAGAGGUUGCCGACUAUGUCGACAAGGCAGUCGACAAGGUCGCCGAUGAGAUUAGGGAUACCCUAUCGUCAGCAGAAUGGGUACCCGAAUAUGUGCGACCAAAACCAACUGCUCGACCACCACCCGUCGAGAUCAUACCGCUGACUACGUACGAGAGUAUACAAAAUUGGAUUUCUCGUCACAAGAUACUUUGCGGUGUGGUGGUCGUCACUGCUGGAUAUAUAACAUAUAGGUCAAUACGAUAUACCAGACAGCUCCGUAAACCUCGUCGGGCGAAGCGUGCUCGAAAUGGUGGUAGACUCGAGGUCGUCGUUAUCGCCGGAUCGCCAACAUUACCUCUGACCAAGGCGUUAUCCUUGGAUUUAGAGAGGAGGGGGUUUAUCGUAUAUGUUGUUUGCAAUACUAUCGACGACGAGGCCAUCGUGCAGAGCCUCUCACGACCUGACAUUAGGCCCUUAGGUAUCGACAUAACCGAUCCCCCGAAUGCCGGCCAAGCUAUCGAACGAUUCGCCGCCUAUCUCCAAACCCCACACGCUGCUGUCCCGCGAGCGAAGCCGACCUACCUGGUGUUGAAGGCAGUUAUCCUGAUCCCCUCACUCAACUACCAGACCUCCCCUAUCGCUACGAUUCCUCCCUCGAGCUUCGCCGAUCUCUUCAACACUCAUCUCCUCCAUCCCAUCCUCACGAUCCAGUCCUUCCUACCUCUUCUCACAUCUAGAAUAACACCUCAAGGAGAGACCACCGCAUCACCCCGAGUCCUCGUCUUCACACCGUCCAUCAUCUCCUCGAUUAACCCGCCGUUUCACGCCCCCGAAGCCACCGUGUGCUCCGCCCUCUCCGCUUUUACAGAAGUCCUAACGGCGGAACUGAGCCCCCUUGCCAUCCCUGUAACGCACAUGCAACUCGGCACCUUCGACUUCGCGGGGUUCACGCCGGUCCGUGCGGGCCCCGCUGGAGCAAACGCAACAGCUCUCCCGACGACGGGUCUACACCCGCUGUUACCCCCGUCGCCGGUCGAGACGCUACAGUGGCCCGAGUCCGCACGCAACGCAUACGGCCGUAACUUUAUGUCGCAGUCGUCGUCGGCCAUCUCCGCUGGUCGCAUCCGCGGACUACGCGGCAGCUCCCUGCGAGAACUGCAUAACGCUGUGUUCGACGUGAUCGAUGGUUCGAACCAGAGCGACGUAGUGCGCGUCGGCCUUGGCGCCGGACUCUAUGGGUUCGUUGGCCGCUGGGCCCCGCGUGGUCUAGUAGCGUGGAUGAUGGGGAUCCGCAAGGUAGACGAGCUUAGCGCAUGGGAGGGAGGCGCGCGCCCGGAUAGUGCUAGUGGCAGUAGCGGUAGCGAGAAGAGCGCCGAGAGCGAGAUUGGCGAGGGCAGUGAAUUUAUUGCUGUCGCGAAGGACCAUGAUGGCCAUAAUGUCUGGAAAUAAGAGCAACGUUGAGAAAUCUACGAGGGUCAAGGGUUAGGUUAAGGGGAGUGUUAGGCGGUUUGCUUUUUGGCUGGCGUCGUAUCAUGAUGAUUGAUGGAUAGGGCGACGGGGGUUAUAAAGGCUAUACAUACGGCGGGCGAUGAGGCCGGAUGACAUAUCAUUGCUCCUUUCAAUGCUUGGAUAUAUCUCGCUUCUCUUUUACGUGGAUAGUACCUAGCUUAUAUAGCUUACUUAGUUCACACGAAUGCAUAAAUACCUGUUUAGAACAAA